UUUUUCCCUAAAGUACAUGUUACAUAAUAUUAUGAUCAUAUCGUUAUGUACUUCUGGCUCAAUGUUUCCUCGAAGAUACAUAUAUUGAAUGUGCCUGAAUAUCAGGUAGAUAAUAAUGAAAUGUUCUAAUAAUCUGUAAACGGUUAUCUCAAAAAUAGUUAUUAUUCAUGUCGCAUUUGAUUUAUCCUGUACUACAUUCAAAUAAACAUAAAUCUUGCAAAUCCGAAAAGUAUAAACUCCCUAUAAUAACUAAAUAACAUGUAAACAACAGAGAACCAGUUGUAAAUAUUGAUCAUAUUGUGUCAAAACACGAUAACACGAAGUUUCAUGAAGUUUAAAACUGUUCGGAGUUAUACCUGCCGGUGACGACCCAAUUCAAAUUAAUGUACCUUGAGCGGGAAGACCUAACUAUGGGUGGGACUACACAUUGGACGACGCUCCCUCGCGGCAUAAGCACUGAAUGAAUUUCUGACAGUUUUACAUGCAGUGGCAACAAUGUACGAGCACGACAGAUUUGUUCCAUUUUGACGCUUAUGCUUUGCUGAUAAGAACUAGGAUAGUAUGCUUGACGUGCACAUUUGUACGCAGCGUCGUGCUCCCACCAAACGCAAGCGCGGGGAGAUGCGCGCGCAUAUAUUCACCAGCGCUUCGCACGAACUCCAGUCAAUCCUUAGACCGCAAAGCGGAGCGAUCGAAUCAGUUGAGCGUUCCGAUACUUCGCACACGAGCAACACUACGCUAGUUUCCGCGCGUUACGCAGCGAUUGUGUCGGGGAUUUGAAUUAAGAUUUGUACGUUUUUAUAAGGCGCAAAGAUGACUGACUCACACGCUAAAAUAGAAGAUAACCCGAAGAUAUUGUCCGGCCCAGUGCUGGUCAACUCACCAAAUGCGGUUUUGUCGAAAACCCUGUUGGGAAGGUACAAUGACCUCCCUAUUCCUGCGGACAAAAUUUUGGCAACAUACAUCUGGAUCGAUGGAACUGGAGAACAUCUUCGUUGCAAAGAUCGUACCCUGAGCUUCAUUCCAAAGCAACCCAAGGAUCUUCCGAUUUGGAAUUUCGAUGGCAGCUCCACGGGACAGUCGGACGGGCACAACUCUGAUACAUUCCUGUAUCCCCGUGCCAUUUACCGGGACCCAUUCAGGCGUGGCAACCACAUCCUCGUCAUGUGCGACACGUACAAAUACAACAUGGAGCCCACAGAGACUAACCAUCGCAUCAAGUGCCAAGAGGCAUAUGAUAAGUGCAAGGAUGAUGAGCCGUGGUUUGGAAUUGAGCAGGAGUACAUCUUGCUUGACUCGGACCUAAGGCCCUUCGGAUGGCCCCCAGGUGGCUUCCCCCCACCACAAGGCCCAUACUACUGCGGUGUUGGUGCCAACAAGGUGUUCGCCAGGGAUCUUGUCGAGGCACAUUACAGAUGUUGUUUAUUUGCUGGCGUUCCCAUUUCGGGCACCAACGCUGAGGUCAUGCCCUCGCAGUGGGAGUUCCAAGUGGGUCCCUCUGUGGGAGUGACCGCUGGCGACGACCUGUGGGUCGCUCGCUACAUUCUGAACAGGCUCGCUGAGGAGUAUGGAGUGAUUGUCAGCUUUGACCCCAAACCAGUCCAGGACUGGAACGGAUCUGGAGCUCAUACUAACUUCUCCACCAAGAAGAUGCGCGAAGACAACGGUAUUAUUGAAAUCGAGAAGGCCAUUGACAAGCUGUCUAAAGUUCACAUGAAGCACAUCAAGGUGUACGAUCCUCGCGGAGGAAAGGACAAUGAGAGACGUUUGACGGGUCUCCACGAAACUGCCAGUAUUAAUGACUUCAGCGCCGGUGUCGCUAACCGUGCCAGCAGCAUCAGGAUACCGCGGAAUGUAGCCGAGGAGAAGAAGGGCUACUUGGAGGACCGUCGACCGGCCUCGAACUGCGACCCUGAAAUCGAGAAGGCCAUUGACAAGCUGUCUAAAGUUCACAUGAAGCACAUCAAGGUGUACGAUCCUCGCGGAGGAAAGGACAAUGAGAGACGUUUGACGGGUCGCCACGAAACUGCCAGUAUUAAUGAUUUCAGCGCCGGUGUCGCUAACCGUGCCAGCAGCAUCAGGAUACCGCGGAAUGUAGCCGAGGAGAAGAAGGGCUACUUGGAGGACCGUCGACCGGCCUCGAACUGCGACCCGUACGCUGUGAUAGAUGCGCUGAUGCGCACCUGCAUACUCAAUGAAUAACAAUGGCGUAUCACCCGCCAGGCCACUCCUGCGCCACGUGUCAGCUAGCGAACACAUCAUCAAUAAAUCCGUCUAUUAAGUUCGUGCCUGGUUGCCAACGCAAGCUGUAUGUACCUGCACCGACGUGCGUUAUUGAACCUCUUCCAUUUUAGUGAUAUACAUAUGCCGCAAGAGCAACACCAAGUAACGUUUUGUAUAGACAUUUACCUUAUAAUAUUAAUUAUUAUAUUCACUAGCGACGACAAAUCGAAUAAUUAUGGCCUAUAGGUAUUCAAUAGAAUAGAUUAUUCGAUGUAUGUACACUAACUAUAAAAGAUAAAUCAAACGAUAAUAAAUAAUUAAACCGACACGUAAUAGAGGUAGUGCGUUUAAAAGGACCAUAUAAGAUAUUAAUAUAUUGAAUAAGUAGGUAAAUAUUUCUACGAAUAUUAUGUGAUAUUUAAAAAUUGUUAUUUUGAUGUUAAAUAGUUUAAUUGUAUACAAAUAACCACAUAUCAUUAUUUUUAACAAAUUCAUUUAAAGCAUAGUUGCAAAUUAGUUGUAGUGAAUAACAUGAAAGAGAACACAUGAAUUGCUUGACAUAUUAUGUACUAACAAGAUCACUACAGAUAUAUUUACAAAGUCCGAAUGAGAACGUUAUGAGUAUAGGAUCUACCAGUAUGUUAAUAUUAAAGGUAGUUUACGUGCAAAAUUAUUUGCAAAUAUUCUAGAGUAUAAAGUAAACAGAAUCGCAAGAGCCUUCCAAGAGUUCAAGCACUUAUGAAGUAUGUCUAAACGUGAACACCAUGUACACUCGAGUAGAGCACAAAAUGUUAUAUUCCUAUCGUCUGAAUAAAAUUAUUUAUGCUAUUAUAUUAUGUAUAAGAUGUUUAAAAUUGUUUUGCAUGCAUCGGAUUUUGGUAUGAUUAACAAAAUGUAAGCGUAUAAGAAAUAUUGUUAUAUAAUACGAGGUACUAUAAAAAAUAAACAUACUUUGUUGUACUA